CAGAGCGCGUUUCCUGGCUCCCUUGUCAGUGCCGGGCCCCCCCCCUCGGCCUCCGCCGCCCGGCCGCUCCCUCUCCCGCCGCCCGGAGCGGAGUCGCGUUGACUGACCAGAGUCCGCGAGUCCCGCUCCGCUCCCGCCGCGUCAGGUGUUUGGGAGUGAUGUAGGUGCUCUGAAAACAGGCAAGGAUCAAAAAGAUCCCUUUUUCUCUCUCUCUCUCACCCACACAUAUGCUGUCUCCACUUCUGAGUCUGCACCCUCACUAGUUGCUUGUCCAGGGAUGCCCGUAUACCCCAUAUUUCUCACCCCGUGGAGAGAUGACAACAGCUGAGUCCUGUACUUCCCAACCUCGAUCCUUUCAGUCUAUGUACUGAAAGAACUGCUGUGCAGAGCUUUUUCAAUUUUUACAACAUAGGAAUAUCUUUAACUCGGAAUGUCUCUACAUCAGUUUUUACUAGAGCCAAUCACCUGCCAUGCAUGGAACAGAGACCGUACUCAGAUUGCCAUUAGCCCUAAUAAUCAUGAAGUCCACAUCUACAAGAAGAGUGGGAACCAGUGGGUCAAGGCUCAUGAGCUGAAGGAACACAAUGGCCACAUUACAGGUAUUGACUGGGCUCCCAAAAGCGAUCGCAUUGUAACUUGCGGCGCAGACCGUAAUGCCUAUGUCUGGAGUCAGAAAGACGGCGUGUGGAAACCAACCCUUGUGAUCCUGAGAAUUAAUCGUGCAGCCACCUUUGUGAAAUGGUCUCCCUUGGAGAAUAAAUUUGCUGUGGGAAGUGGAGCUCGACUUAUAUCUGUGUGCUACUUUGAAUCUGAAAAUGACUGGUGGGUGAGCAAACACAUUAAAAAGCCCAUUCGUUCCACUGUCCUUAGCCUGGACUGGCACCCCAACAAUGUUUUGCUGGCAGCGGGAUCCUGUGACUUCAAGUGCAGGGUGUUUUCUGCUUAUAUUAAAGAAGUGGAUGAAAAACCAGCCAGUACACCGUGGGGCUCCAAAAUGCCUUUUGGGCAGCUGAUGUCCGAAUUUGGGGGUGCUGGCAGUGGCGGAUGGGUGCACAGCGUCAGUUUUUCUGCCAGCGGUAACCGACUCGCCUGGGUCAGUCACGAUAGUACCGUGUCAGUUGCUGAUGCCUCAAAAAAUAUGAUGGUUUCGCAGCUGAAAACAGAGUUCCUCCCACUCCUGAGUGUGUCAUUUGUCUCUGAGAACAGCGUGGUGGCGGCUGGCCAUGACUGCUGCCCGAUGCUCUUUAACUGUGAUGACCGUGGCUUGUUGACCUUCGUUUCCAAACUAGACAUUCCAAAACAGAGCAUCCAGCGCAAUAUUUCUGCUAUGGAACGCUUUCGAAACAUGGAUAAAAGAGCCACUACAGAAGAUCGUAACACUACCCUGGAGACGCUGCACCAAAACAGUAUAACCCAAGUGUCUAUUUAUGAGAUAGACAAACGAGAUUGUCGUAAAUUCUGCACCACCGGCAUUGAUGGCGCAAUGACCAUCUGGGAUUUCAAGACCUUAGAGUCCUCUAUUCAAGGUCUACGAAUCAUGUAAAGGUGGAUUUCCGUGAUCUAGCAGGACAAACUGCUCGACAGAACGCAGCUCCCACAUCUGCACAAACCCGAAAAGGGAGGAGGAAGGUGGAAUAUUUGGAAACACUGAGAAAAUACAGUUUGGCAGAUUUUCUUUUGAAUCUAAAUUUGGUGAAUUGUGUUGGUUUCAAAAUCAGCUGUGAUUGUUCUUUAAUUUUAUUUUAUUUUUUGGUUGGUUGUUUCAUUCCAUUCUUUACCAAAGCUGCUCCUUAAGUAGUUUAUUGCAGGAAGUUAUGAAUCACUAACUUAAAAGGGGAAUUUUAUGUAAAUUGUCUGCUAGAAGUAAUAAUAAUAAUAAUAAAAAAAAGAAAAACCGAA